CUUAACCAAUCACUGUCCGAGGAAGAAUUCCCGCCCUAUGUAGCGUCACACUAUCAACAACUGUGAAAACGAAACUGUGGGGGAGUGAAUUUAGGCGACAAUAAUAAAAAAUGGAUGAAGAUUUCCCGUUAAUUGCUACUGUAGCAACAUCUGCGAUUUUGAUCUUCGCUGCUGCUGCUGCAGAAGAAGAAAAAAGAAAGCGUAUUUGGACGAGAAAUUGGGUGAAACGCAGAGAAAUUCAUGGAGCCCAUAAUACCCUGUUCCAAGAGCUGCGUUUUGAAGACAGGGUGGAAUUUGGAAAGUAUUUGCGAAUGAUGCCGUGCGAUUUUGAUUAUUUAUUAAACUUAGUGAGCAGCAAAAUUAAAAAACAGGAUACGAUUAUGCGUUGUGCAAUUUCACCAUCUGAGAGGCUGCAUGUUACUUUACGCUUUCUAGCUGGUGGGUGUUCCUAUUCAAAUUUACAGUAUUUGUUUAGAAUACCUAAACAAACAUUGUCAAGAGUGAUACCAGAAGUAUUGGAUGCUUUAUGGGAAUGCAUGCAAGAUUACAUAAAGACACCAAACACUGCUCAGGAGUGGCAAGCCAUAGAAGCUUUUGCUGAAAAGUGGAACCUGCCACACUGUGUUGGUGCCAUCGAUGGAAAACACGUUAUGAUAAAAGCACCAGCAGGGGGUGGCAGCACUUUUUACAAUUAUAAAAGUUUCAACAGCAUUGUGCUGAUGGCAUCAGUUGAUGCAGAUUAUAAAUUUACAUUUAUUGAUGUUGGAUGUAAUGGACGAAUAUCAGACGGAGGAGUUUUUGCUCAAACAAGUUUAUUUUCGAUGUGAGACAAUAACUUGCUCGAUCUGCCUAGCCCAACACCUUUGAUUCCAGGUAGUGAUCCUGUGAAUUAUUUUAUGGUUGCAGAUGAGGCGUUUCCUUUGAAACGUUAUCUGAUGAGGCCAUAUCCUGGUAAAAAAAUCUCUCCUCAGCAAAGGAUUUUCAAUUAUCGACUGUCCAGGGCAAGGCGUGUUGUUGAAAAUGCAUUCGGGAUAUUAUCAAAUAGAUUUCGUAUCUUGAUGCAACCAAUACAGCUGCCUCCUGCGACAGUUGAUAAAAUUGUUUCUGUAUGCUGCUGUUUGCAUAACUUUCUACGAGAAAGACCAUCCAGGCAAUUGUAUACACCAAGAGAACUAAUCGAUCAUGAAGAUGAGGACUUUAAUUUUAUACCUGGAUCAUGGCGAAAUGAGGAAUCGCUAAGUAAGAUGAAAUCCCUGUGUAAACAAAAUGGUUAUAACACAGGGUCUGCUGAAGCAAGGCUGAUGCGAGAAAAAAUUUGUGAUUAUGUAAAUAAUGAAGGAAAAGUUGCGUGGCAAGAUAAACAUAUAAAAUAUUAUUAAUUUCUCAAUAUAUGUUCCUUGAUUUCUCAAUAUAUGUUAUAAUAAAAGAUAAAGAAAUAAAGAUUAUUUAUAAUUAUUUUUAUUCUAUGUUACAAAAUAUAUCUAAGUUUCUUAUUUAUUCUGUGUUGUUCAUGGAAUCUAAUACAUUUUGUUCUGUCUGUGCAUCUGUGAGAAUUUGGUAUAUUUUAUAUUUUGUGUCUGUGAGGAGUUGAGGGUCACGGAUUAGACUUAGUUCGGAACCAACAAAGGAACCGAACUGUGUAAAUGUAUUUGGAGUAGUGUUUUUUGAUUUUAAUAUUGUAGAAAUUUCUUCAAGUGUUGUUGUGGCUGCUGUGUAAAUGUGAUCGUGUUUCUGUUUUUUGUUUGAAGUUGUAGUGUUUGAUGUGUGUCUUUUUAGCUGUGUUUGUGAAUGACAUAGUUCUUUCUGUGACUCU